AUGUGCUCUCUCAGUGCAGCCAAUGCCAAGUUCUGUCUUGACUUUUUCAGAGAGCUGAAAAAAAGAAAAAGAAAUGAAAACAUCUUUUUCUCCCCACUAAGUCUGUCAGCUGCCUUUGGAAUGGUUGUCCUUGGAGCCAGGGGCAGCACACUCGAGCAGAUUGAGAAGGUCUUUCAUUUCAGAGAAGUUUUGAGCAGUACGAGACAGGAAAACAGAUACCCUUCUGAGCAGGUCCAACUUUGCAUAGGAAAGCUCAAGCCUACCACGAAACAUCUGUUUUCCUGUUUGAAGUGUGAAGAAGAUGAAGGAGUCCAUUCCCAGUUCCAGGCUCUGUUGGCUGAAGUCAGUGAACCUGGACCAGGCUGUUGUCUCACCAUUGCCAACAGGCUCUUUGGAGAAAUUACUUAUCCAUUCUUUCAGCAAUACUUGGAUUCCACAAAGAAAUUCUAUCGAGCAGAACUGGAACCAGUAAAUUUUAAAUACACGGAAGAAGAAGUCAGAGACAAAAUUAACUUCUGGGUUGAAAAUGAAACAAAAGGUAAAAUCAAAGACCUAUUUGCUGCUGGUUUUAUUGAUCCCUCUACUGUACUUGUCCUGGUCAAUGCUAUAUAUUUUAAAGGAAAGUGGGCUGUAGAAUUUAAGAAAGAAGACACUAAGGAAGCAUAUUUCCACCUGAACAAGAACGAGAGAAGGAAAGUGCAGAUGAUGUUUCAAGAAGGAUAUUUUAACAUGGCCAUCAUAGAGGAACUGAAAACAAAAGUCCUAGAGCUCCAGUACUUCAAUAAUGAACUGAGCAUGUUCAUUCUUCUUCCUGAAGAUGACUGUGAGGACUUCACUGGCCUAGAACAGCUUGAAUGUGCCCUCACCUAUGAAAAACUGGCAGAAUGGACCAGCUUGUCUACGAUGCAACCACUGAGAGUGAAGGUGUACCUGCCCCAGUUCAAGAUGGAGGAAAGUUAUGUUCUCAACAACACUCUCCAGGAGAUGGGAGUAAUGAAUGUUUUUGACUGGGGAAAAGCUGAUUUGUCGGGAAUCUCUAUGAAAGGUGGCUUGGUUGUGUCCAAGGCCAUCCAGAAGACAAUUGUGGAAGUCAAUGAAGAGGGCACUGAGGCAGGCUGUUCCACGGGGCUCCUUGUAAUGCCUCUGUGCUGCCCAGAAACUUGUGAGUUCAGAGCUGACCGUCCAUUCCUCUUCUUCAUCAGACACAACCAAACCAACACCAUUCUCUUCUUUGGAAGAUAUUCCUCUCCUUAA